AUGCUGGACAUCAACCUUUUCUUGGAGGAGCGCGGAGGCGAACCAGAGCUCAUUCGCGAGUCCCAGCGCCGCAGACACGAUCCCGUCGAGAUCGUCGACGAGAUCAUCGCCCUCUACGAGGACUGGAAGACCACUCGUUUCGGCCUUGACCAGCUGAACAAGAAGUCUAACGCCAUCCAGAAGGAGAUCGGCAUGAAGAUGAAGAAAAAGGAGGAUGCCUCGGAGCUCAUCCAGGCCCGUGCUGACUGCAAGAAGGAGCAGGAUGCUUUGGAACUUGAUGUCAAGGCCAAGGAGGCUUUGUGGAACGCCAAGUUGGGCACAGUCGGAAACUUGGUUCACGACUCUGUCCCAAUCUCGGACAACGAGGAUAAUAACGUUGUCGAGAGGACUUUCUUCCGCGACGGCAAGGAGCCCGAGCAUACCCCCAAGCUUUACUCCCACGAUGAGCUCCUCUACCGUCUUGGCGGCUACGAUCCCGAGCGUGGUAACAAGGUCGCCUCCCACCGUGGUUACUUCUUGGUCAACGCCGGUGUUGAGCUCAACAUGGCCUUGGUCAACUAUGGACUUUCAUUCUUGGGCAAGCGCAACUACACCAAACUUCAGACCCCUUACUUCAUGAAGAAGGAGGCCAUGGCUCAGACUGCCCAGCUUUCGCAGUUCGACGAGGAGUUGUACAAGGUCAACGGCGAGAACGAAGAUAUGUACUUGAUUGCCACCUCUGAGCAGCCCAUCUCUGCCUUCCACGCCAACGAGUGGUUCGAGCAGCCCAAGGAGCAGUUGCCCGUCAAGUACGCCGGUUACUCGACCUGCUUCCGUAAGGAGGCCGGCGCCCACGGCCGCGAUACCUGGGGUAUUUUCCGUGUCCACCAGUUCGAGAAGAUUGAGCAGUUCUGCUUGACUGAGCCUGAGAAGUCAUGGGAGAUGUUUGACCACAUGAUUGAGAACUCUGAGGACUUUUACAAGUCGCUCGGUCUCUCUUACCGUGUUGUCUCGAUCGUCUCUGGAGCCCUCAACAAUGCUGCUGCCAAGAAGUACGAUUUAGAGGCCUGGUUCCCCUUCCAGGGUGCCUAUAAGGAGUUGGUCUCGUGCUCGAACUGCACUGACUACCAGUCGCGUAACCUCGAGAUCCGCUGCGGAAUUAAGAAGAUGGGUGACCGUGAGAAGAAGUAUGUCCACUGCUUGAACUCGACCUUGACCGCCACUACCCGCACCCUCUCGUGUAUCUUGGAGAACUACCAGACCCCCGAUGGUGUCCGCGUUCCCGAGGUCUUGAUCCCCUACAUGGAUGGCAAGGACUUCUUGCCCUUCGUCCGUGAGCUCAAGCAGCCCAAGCUUGGAGCAGUCGGCAAUGGCAAAUCCUCGACCUUGAACUCAAUUAUCCAAGAGCCACUGUUCCAGUCUGGUCGCUCUGUCACUGCGGUUACCAAGCAAAUUGGAAGCUGCGUUCGUCCAUGGAGGUUGCCCGAUGUCCGGAGAAUGGUACACAUUGUCGAUACGCCCGGCAUGUGUGAAUCGACGUACAAGGAUGUAGAGAACGUCCACCUGAUGGUCGAGUUUUUCAAGAGGCUAUCUCAUGGAGUCAGCGCCUUUAUCCUCGUCUUCAACAUCCACAACACCCGUCUGGACGAGUACUCCAAGAACAUGCUCCGACUCUUUGAGCGUCUCUUGGGCCCCCAGUUCUGGAAGCACGUCGUCAUUGUCUUUACACAUGUGGAUGAGGACCAGAGGGAUUAUCUGGAGGACAACAUGGAAGCCUUGUCGGACCCUGUGGACGGCUUUGUCAGUGUCUUGAACCAAUGGUUCAAGUUACCCUACCAGCCUCCCGUUGUCUUCUUGUCCAACAGUAAUACUCGCUCGAGUAUGUAUGCACGCGAUUGCUUCUUGGAGCUCUAUGAGGCCGUUGUCUCGGUAGAGGAAGGCGCUCAGAGGGCUAAGUUCACUUGCACUUUCUUCCAGGAGAUGAACAACAAGAUGGGUGUUGCGCAGGACAACUUUAUUGUGCAAAGCAUUCGCACAGCUGCCGUGUCGGUUCCUCAGAUGAUCCAGUCGGGCACGAAAAACGUGAUCGGCGCCUGUAGCAUCAUGUAA